AUGAGAAGUCAUGAACCAACCGCGGGCGCUGAAGCAGCCUCCCUAAGGAACAAUGAGAUCGCCCGCACCUUGCUCAUAGAGCUUCUGGCCCACCAGUUUUGUUUUCCUGUGCAAUGGAUUGACACCCAAGAUUUGAUACUCGGUAAGAGGCGGAUAGAGCGGAUCGUGGAAAUAGGACCAGGAAGCACCCUUGUCAAUAUGGCAAAACGAACCAUAGCGCAAAAGUAUGCUCUAGGUGAUACCGCGCAGAACUUGCCGCGGCACCUGUUAAGCUUUCAUCAAAACCUAGACAGAAUAUGCUACGACCAAUUGGUUGAAAUUUCCAACCUGAAGGCAGCAUCUACCAUGUGCCAGACUUCGAACCAGGAGUGUACGACAAUGACUGCUACUUCUGCACCAACUGAAUCGACACCUGCUACUCAUGCACAAACCUCGGUCAUCCCCGCGCUGAGAGCGAGCACGGUCGAUGUUGAAGACAGGGCGGUCGAUGCUGCCAAGGUUGCCUCAAUGAUCAUUAGUCUUAGUUUUAAGAAGCCAAUGGAAGAGAUCAAUACAAGCAAGUCGAUCAAGGCACUCUCGGGAGGCCGCUCAACUCUGCAGAAUGAAAUCAUCGGAGAUUUGGCAACCGAAUUCGGUGCAAUACCAGAGGGCACCGAAGACAUGCCAAUCGAUGCAUUUUGCUCUGUCAUGCAAGAAACAUUCCCUGGGAAACUCGGAGCCAAGUCUUUAUCAUUGGUAGAAAAGAUGAUAUCACAAAGGUUCCCUGGGACAUUCCAGAACGGAGACAUUCGCCAACACCUGAAGCAGCGAUGGGGGUUCAAAUCCGGCCGUCAAGACAGCGUGUUGCUCAUGAUUGCAAAUUCACCGCCACAGUCUAGAUUACCAAAUGAUGCCGAUGCGAAAUCGUUCAUCGACAAUAUAGUGCAGCUUUACAUUACCAAAACUGGUCUUAUCCUGCCAAGCGAGUCAGCUCCCAUGGGUGGCUCUGAAAUCCACGAAAUGGUUAGCUCGGAGGUCGUCGAGUCCAUGGAAAGUAGACAAAAGACGGUCUUGGAGGAGCAGCUCCGACUUUACGCCAGGCUGAUUGGAGUUGACCUUUACACUCCUUACUCUACGCAACAUGCUCUCUGCCAACGUAUUUCCGAGCUGGAAGGCCAACUGGACGAAUGGAAUGUCGAGCAUGGUGAGGAAUACGCGUCCGGUAUACAGCAAAUAUUCUCACCGCUCAAGGCACGGCACUACGAUUCUUGGUGGAACUGGGCAAUGCAGGACCUCUUGGUAUUGAUAUCCAUGGUCUCCAAGUAUAAAAAGGGCAUUGAACCGAGCAUUGAGCGCCUGAAAAGUCGCGUGAUACAAAAGGCUCAUCCAAGGCUAAUUUCCACAGUCCGUCAUCUCAUCUCAGAGGCCUCUGAUAGCGAUGUCGCUGACAUGAUGGUCGAGAUCCUACCAAAUUGUGAGGCAUCCAUUAACAGGCAGGCCGCAGUUUACCGGAGCUGUCAGUCUAUGGCUCCAAUGACUGUUAUUGAGAGUUCCGGAAAAGUUGUUUACAGCGAGACACCGAGGCCAAAACAUGGAGGAUCCAAGCAUGGAGCCGAUCUUGACUCUCAUGACCGUCUGCUCAGAUUUGGUCGCAAGAGCAUCCAUGGCUGGGACUAUGACGACGAACUUUCUCGCAUCCUUCAUGACGUGCUAGGCGAUGCCACAACCAUGGGUCUCUGCUUCUCCGAGCUCAACGUUCUCGUCACGGGAGCAGGGGUCGGUUCAAUUGGCUGUGAACUCGUUGCCAAGCUACUCACAGCUGGUGCCCACGUGGUCGUGACCAGCAGUUCCUAUUCACCCAAGGUAACAAGGUUCUACCAGGACCUAUUCGCCGAGCACGGCGGUAAGGGUUCGAAACUAGUCCUGGCUCCUUGCAAUCAAGCCUGCGUCCGUGACGUUGAGGCAUUGGUCGAGUUCAUAUACUCAGAGACUGGUCUAGGAAUGGACCUAGACUAUGUCGUGCCAUUUGCAGCAAUUGUGGAAAAUGGCAAAAGUUUGGAUAGAAUCGAUUCACGUUGUGAGCUUGCCCACAGGGUAAUGCUCACAAACACCCUUCGAUUGCUAGGAGAGGUGAAGCAGCAAAAAGAAGUUCGUGGAAUUACGACACGACCAGCCCAGGUUGUUCUUCCUCUAUCUCCCAAUCACGGUUCAUUCGGCAGCGAUGGCCUUUAUGCUGAGUCAAAACUUGGCCUCGAGUCUCUGUUCGCCAAGUUCCAUUCUGAGGAUUGGUCUGAGUACUUGCUCGUUUGCGGCGCACUCAUCGGCUGGACUCGAGGAACUGGGCUGAUGUCUGACAAUGACAUCGUUUCAGAGGGCAUGGAAAAGCUUGGCGUUCGCACCUACUCUCGAGACGAGAUGGCAUUUAACAUUCUGUCGUUGAUGCAUCCAACGGUUGUAUCCUUGUGCAUCGAUGAGCCACUACUUGCCGACUUGAGCGGCGGCAUGGCUCUAGUUGCCGAUCUAAAAUGCCAUACCUCGAGGCUACGAGAUUCCAUCAAUCAGAUAAGCGAAGAGAGAAAAUCGAUGGCUUUGGAGAGCACCAAAGACAGUCCUUUUGUCGAGUUCGAGGCCGAUAUUGAACCGCAAGCCAAUAUUGUGUUUGAGUUUCCCCCCCUUCCUGACUGGACGGCAGAUAUCCAACCACUCACUGAACAGCUUCAAGGCUUGGUUGAUCUGGAUCGUGUUGCAGUCGUCACUGGUUUUUCGGAAGUUGGACCAUGGGGAAAUUCGCGAGUUCGAUGGGACAUGGAAGUUAACGGCACCCUCUCAUUAGAGUCGUGUAUUGAACUGGCGUGGAUCAUGGGCCUUGUCAAGGCCCAUUCGGGUACUAUUGAUGGUCAUCCAUAUUCUGGAUGGAUUGACGCCGCAACCGGUCAACCGAUCGAAGAUGGCAAAAUUCGAGAUAAGUACGAGACCUAUAUGCUCCAACAUUCUGGAAUUCGAUUCGCAGAGCCCAAGCAGGGCUCGCAGUCUUGGACGGACCUAGAGGCGCUUCAUGAAGUUGAGAUCUUGCGUGAUCAAGACCCCAUCGACGUCAGCAACGAAACCGCAGGCCAACUGCUGAUGGCUCAUGGCAACUAUGUUCAAAUCACAGCCAUUGAAGAGACUGGACAGUCCAGGAUCGUUCUCAAGAAAGGCGCAAAGAUCAUGAUACCUAAACUUCUGCCAACGCCGCAGACAGUUGCCGGACAGAUUCCCACCGGUUGGGAGCCAAGCACUUACGGAGUCCCUGAGGAAAUCAUCAUGCAGGUUGAUCCAGUGACACUAUAUGCCUUGGUUGCCGCCGCUGAAGCCUUUCAAUCGGCGGGGAUUUCGGAUCCUUACGAGCUCUACAACCACCUACAUGUCACCGAUGUGGCCAACUGUGUUGGUUCUGGGUUUGGAGGCAUCUCCAGCAUGCGAAAAAUCUUCAAGGAGCGUUACCAGGACCAACCAGCCGCAAAAGAUGUACUAGCUGAAUCAUUCAUCAGCUCCAGCAGCGCAUGGAUCAACAUGCUGCUUUUGUCUGCUGCUGGAGCCAACAAAACACCCGUAGGUGCAUGUGCUACAGCGCUCGAGUCCCUAGACACGGCCUGUGAUCUCAUACAGGCCGGGAAGGCAAAGGUUUGUCUGGCAGGAGGUUUUGAUGAUAUGCUUAAAGAAAUAUCCGAAGAGUUUGCCAAUCUGAAAGCGACAAUGAACGCGGACGAAGAUUUGGCAAGGGGCCGGGGGCCCUCUGAGAUGAGUCGGCCAGCAACAGCUACGCGCAACGGCUUCAUCGAGUCAGAAGGUGCUGGUAUUCAGAUCAUCACAUCAGCAAGCGUCGCUCUGAAAAUGGGAUUGCCAAUUUAUGGAGUUGUUGCGUUAACACGAACGGCCAUGGACAAAGCCAGCAGAUCUAUACCUGCUCCUGGUCGGGGUCUCUUAGGCGCAGCAAUCCAGCACCAGGACAAAUAUGAUUCACCACUCAUGAGCAUGGAAUAUCGAAAGAGGUCACUUCGCAUGAGGAUGCAGCAAGCUUUAGAAAUGCGCCAGCUACAACUGUCCUACUUGGAGGUGGAGAUUGACCAGCUCAAGCGCGAAGGCCACAAAGUCGAUGAGAAUGAGUACCGCCAGCAACGUGUAGACAGCAUCGAAGGUGACGCUAUACGUGACAAGAAGGAAGCGCAGAAUUUGUAUGGAAAUCAAUUUUGGAUUCACGACAACCGGAUUGCACCAAUCCGUGGAGCAUUGGCAGUUUGGGGCCUGACAGUAGACGACAUUGACGUCGUUUCCUUUCACGGAACCUCGACCAAGGCGAACGAAAGAAACGAGGCCGCGGUGAUUAAUGAGCAAUUCAGACAUCUCGGAAGAAAGAAGGGUAACGUUGUUCCUGUUGUUUGCCAGAAGGCACUUACUGGUCACCCAAAAGGGGCUGCGGGAGCCUGGAUGUUGAACGGCUGCAUGCAGCUCAUGCACGACGGUAAGAUCCCAGGGAAUCGCAACGCCGAUAAUAUAGAUGCCGCACUAGAGGAGUUCGACUACCUUGUGUUUCCCAACAAGAAUAUCGAUAAGCCCGAAGUCAAGGCUUUCAUUACGCAGUCGUUUGGAUUUGGUCAGAAGGGGUCAAUGGCUAUCGGCGUCCACCCAAAGUACCUCUUCGCGACGAUGCAGCAGCAGGAGUUCACAGAGUAUGAGCAGAAGCGUCGACAACGUGAAAGAAUGGCGAUACGGAAUUUUCACGAACGCAUGUCAAACAACAGUGUGUUUCAGGCCAAGGAAACGUCUCCACACGUAGCCGAUGAUUCGAGCAUUCUCUUGGAUCCAACAGUGCGAGCUGAGUGCUAG